AUGGUGUGUCCCAGAUUCAAAACCAAGGAUGAUGUCUACUGCUAUUCUCUGGCCAAGGCACUAUACUAUGUGGUUUCUCCGGUGACCGUGGGAUUUUAUGCUCCAUGGGGUAGACGCAAGGACCUUCUACUCAACAAGAUUGAAACAUAUCUAUGUUUGGAAUCAUCGGAGAAAGAACAGGAUGAAGUUGCAAGGACCAAGCAGAGAAUAAGAACAUGCACAGGAAAAGAUCUCAUCAAGCUCAUCUUCCUUAUGAUAUUUUACCAUCCCGUCAUAACACAAAAGCACAAAGAACGAGAGAACAUACAUUUCAUCUUCAUCCGUUUCAGUGCGUGGGAAUAUGCAGGCAGUGAUCAGCUCUGGGCUGGUCUUGUUACCACCCUCUGUGACGGUAUUGAGAACCACUUUGGACUGAUUCCCAUAAGUGUAUAUCGAGCUGUAAGCGGAAAAACUAAAAUGAUUGAUGCACCACUCAAACAAGAAUGGGUUAGUAAGAGGUUCUUAUGUCUCCCACUCUGGACUGUUACCAUUUUAGUCAUCUUGAUUGGUGUUGGUGUUGGUGCUUUGUUUAUAAUAUACGGCUUUCCAUUAGGUGACCCAAUUGGAAAUAUGUUGGCGGUUGCUGAGAGUGUUGGGGCAGCUGUCGUUGGCAUAUCUGCCGUAGGGAUAUUAAGAGAAGUCAUUGUGACCAUUAAAAACAUAAUUAUCACCCAAAAGGGUGUGGUGCAGCAGAAGAUGAACCGGACAGACAUGAGUUCCCACCUGGGCUUCAUGAGUGAUGUAAAGCACGAGGUUCAGAUCAUCACCCAGUACCUCCAACUCAUGGAAAUCUUCCAACGGCAGAAAAUUAAAGUCGUUUUAGAGAUCACAAACCUGGAUAGUUGCAUGCCAGGAAAAGUCGUAGGAGUCUUAAAUGCCAUGAAUAUUCUACUCUCCGAUCCCAGUGCCCCAUUUAUCUCUAUUCUAGCGGUAGACCCUAGGAUCAUUGUGGAAUGUGUAGAAAGCUCACGAUUGAUGAAAGGCAUGGCAAACAAUGGUUAUCAGUUCUUAAACCGUAUUAUAACUCUGCCUUUUUGUAUUCCCAAAAUGGACCGCGAUACGAAGUGUUUCUUGAUGAAAAAGAUCAUUAAAGGACCAGGUGAGCUGAAAAGAGAAACAGAAGAAGCAAAUAUUACUGAAAGUUUAUUAGAGGUUUCAGAUGAGAAAGAACUUCUUCGACCAGGAAGUGCCCAUAAAAAUGAUUUUGGAGUCCAGGACAUUCCCUUGAACAUCAGAUGCUCUGGAGAACCAGGACUACCUAACAACUUUAGUGCAGAUAAAGGACCAAAGACCAAAACUUUAAUAAAUGACGCCUUCGAAUACCUCUUUGAUGAAAACGUGAAAGACUAUAUCACAGACAACGUUGUCCACAUCAAAAGGAUAGUAAACACUCUCGCUAUAACAAUUCGACUCAUGGUCAGAGAAGUGCCAAGGACUAAGAUUAGGCCUCACAAAGUAACACAAUGGGUCCUUCUGGCAACUCAAUGGCCCUGUCGGCUCAGCUGGAUAUUACAGUGCAUCGAAGACGAACAACAGAAGAGGUGCCUGGAUCAAACCGAGGCGACAGGAGAAUCUUCUAUCUACGAUGGGACAUUCCUUUGGGAUGUUUUUGAGAAGUCUUUGGAAGAGUUAGAUGCCAUAAAAACAAGUCUCACACAACUUCUGGAGUUGGAUGGAGACCCGGAGAUUUUCCACAAACUAUUGUAUGGAAAUUUUACUGUAGCACAUGCCAACUUAUUUUUGCCAUUCACUGUCAAUCUGGACCAGUCCAUCAAAAGACAGAUGGAACUUUUACGAGGCAGUAACAACAUGUGGGAAGCCAAGAAGACUCACAGACUGACCAUGUUGUCUUUACUGAACAUGAGUGUAGAUGAAGUUUGUAAAGAAAUGAGUAAAAUAGGUUUCCAGGAGGAGAACCUACAACUGUAUCGGCAGAAGAUAAGAGACAACAACCUGAAUGGCAGAGCCCUGGUCUAUAGUGAUAAUAAUGAAAUAAAAGAUGUCCUAUGUAUGGGCUUAGGAGACUGGGCCCUCUUCAGUGUAUACUUCUUAGGGGUACUUCCCCCGCCUCCUGCUGCCCCUACAACACUCCCUGCGUUUGGCAAGCAGGAACCACAAACAUUUGGUAUUGGAUCAAAUGAGAAUAUCUUAAAACAAAGCAAAAUUUAUUUGUCAAAUGAAGAUCUUUCCUAAAACACCUGCGCACGUACACUGCAUGGACUGCGCGAUUGUUACCAAAGAAAUGUAGCAGAAUACAGUUUGGAGAAAAUCUAUGAAGGAAUUCGAUGUUUUAAAUUUUUUAUUGGAUAUGUUUUAAAGCACAAGUGAGGU